UUAAAGCUUAUUAACAUUUGAAACGCCUCCGACUUGAAACUGUCAGAUGCGCGUUUGUUUUGAAGGACAAAACAUUCUUGCUUGUGUGUGCUUUUAAGACUGAAACCUCUUUGACGGGCAGAAAUUAAUGUUCAAAUCAAGCAAAUUGUGUUUGGGUUAUAUCUUUUAAACUUAAAAAAAAUGAGAAGUGAUAUUGUCUUCGCGUUUAUAUUAUGUCUGGUAACUGUAAUUCUAACACCAUGUUGCUGUGGAAAAGUGAAGAAAUAUCAGUCAAACGGACGAAAUUCCAACGUUAAAGAAACCCAUACAGUGCGUUCAUUGUCUGAAUGUGCAGUUCUUUUGGAAAAGAGUGAGAACAGUUUGUCGGUAAACUUUAACCAGGAUAAACGUAAAUGCGAGCUGAGCGAAAUUUUCCCGGAAAACUCAACAGUAGCUGCUGAAGGAUGGAAAGUGUACACAAAAAUUGUUAACGGAGCCUGGACCGACUGGAUGUCCUGGAGCACGUGUUCUGAGACUUGCAAUGGCACUCGAAAAAGAUCUAGAUCAUGUACGGAUCCACCCCCGAGCAAUGGAGGUUUGUCAUGUUUCGGCUAUACUACAGAAAAUGAAACAUGUUAUGAACAAAGCUGCUUUCUAGAAGAUAAAUACUACAUCGGCGAAGAAAAUGUAACAUGGGAAUCGGCAAAGGUGGGCUGUGAAAUCAGAAAUGCAAGUCUGGUGAUACUCGAAAGUCAAGGAGAAAUAGACUUUCUAGAAGCCAUUGUAAUCGAAUUUGAACACUGGAUCGGCAUGAGAUGUAAUAAUGAUACAAAUUGCACGUGGAUUGAUGGAAGAAGUGUAGAGGGCGGGUUCAAAGCAUGGGCCCCUAAUGAACCGACGAAUACAGAUUGUGUAUGGAUUGGUUACUAUGGAAACAGAUGGGACGACACUUAUUGCGACAAAGCUCGAAAAUAUAUUUGUGAAUUCUGAACGAAAAAUCACCCACACGAGUAUAAUGUACGGUAGACAUACCACGAAAAACCAUAAAAAUCAAAGCUAAAAUAUGAACAUAAACUUGUAUAAUCUGAGACAGUUGUAAAUGCAGCGAACCGAAUUCUACAUUUCCUCGGAAGAUUGGGUCUAAAUAUUUUUGGAGUAAAGAAAGUACAGUUUUUGUGUUAACUGGAAAAAUCUCACCAAUGUAAUAGUAAUACUUUGUAAACAGGAUAAACUAGGUGGUUGUGCUACGAUACUGACUACUUUGUAUCCCUGAAUAUGGCAUGAUUGAAAAUCAAAAUGGCUAACUGUUUGUCUUCUCGAUGUUUUUCUUACUAACCCUCAAAUUUCUCUACUGAGAAUUAGUUGUCGUUUUAGUAAAUAUUUAUUCAUUCAGUAUCUUGAGUUAUUUUUCGAGUAUACCGUGCACAAUAAAUCAGUCAUACCAUAUAAUAUAUAAUAGGUAUGACCUUUCCUUACACUACACAAUCAACCCUCCAGUAUCCAUUUGAAAUAGUCAUAAAUAUUUAUAUAAAUAUUGAACAGCAUUUAUAUGCAUUUGUUUUACCCUUUUUAUAACUGAAAGAACGAUUAGCUGAUAUUUACAGUAGGUUGGGAGUAUAUACGGUAUGUUUCAUGUAUAAAAAAAAUGAAUGCAUCGAUCACAGAUGAAUAUAAACAGUACUGUAAACAUCGAUUUUUUUUAAAUGAAUGAAACUCUUUGAUUUGGAAUCUUAUUGUAAAACAAAAUGUUUUUCUUUUUUAAAAUUAAUCGUGAACAGAUCUUAAACAGUUUGUAGUAUAUUAAAAAAUAGCACAAAACAAAAACAAAAAAAAAAAACAAAAAAAAAAACAAAAACGUAAAGCAAUAUAUCAUAGAAUUUGGAAGAAAGGAUUUUUUUUAAAAGAGCACGAAACAUAUGCAAAAGAAUCAUUGAAGACAAACAUCACUUAUUGUUAUAUAUAACCUUACGCUUACAUUUGAAAUUAUUUUAUAUUAUGUUGUUUGAAGGUUCUUUUAUAUGUUGAUUUAUCCUUACAUUUUGUCAUAAAUAUGAACUGAGACACAUAAUACAAAAAAAUAUUACUGAACAAUUGUGCCCAGUGUAGAACGAGAAAAUAAGAUAGUUAUCAGGUUAGAAAUCAUAUCAAGUUUCAGUGAAAUAAUACGUAUAGGUCAAUUAAAAAGAGGGUAAAGAUAUUAAAUAUGAUAAUUUCGAUAAAAAUUUAUCUUUAUCUCAUCAUAAAUUAGUAAAAUUAUUUAGAGUAUCUAAAUACCAAUCAAACUUCGGUGCAAACUUAGUAUCAAAAUAGUUUUACAAGACAAUUUUGACUUGCAUUUUAGUCAAACGUCAUGUUGUCUACAACCUGUUCUAAAUCUUGUAUGAAAAUUAUUGAUUAUAAGAAUAAAGUAUGUAAGUUUGCAUUAAAAAAAAAGAUUAUGUGAGUAAAUAUCCGAAUUCUCCAAUUGAUUUUGCUUAUGUGACUCAACGGAAAUAUCUUAUAAAAAAACAAGAGCUAUGUUUAAAAAAAGAAUUCUGUGGAAUUAUAUUAGAACCAGAUAAUUGCAAAUUUUUAAUAUAUGACAAUCUAGUAUAUGGAAUUUUUACGAUAACAUGAAAUAAUAUUAAAUUAUUGAAUCGAUUUAUAUUUUAACAUUUACUAGGUGAACAUCUCAAUUCUUCCCCAGAAUUACUGAUUCGUAGUUAGUAUAUAUUAGAACUUUAAGAAAUUUCCGACCACGCUCCUGGCUAGGGAUUAAAGUAAGAAAGUGUUCAUUAAAAUAUAUUCAUAAUAUAUCAUACGUGUGUAAUUGGAGAGAUUUAUUUGGAUUUAUUUUAUAAGAUACAGGGAAAUUUGAAUAUAAAACAGUUUAUGAUUGUUGUUAAAUAGUUGAUACAAAGGACAUAGAUAAUGGUGUUUGUUUUUAAAAAUUUAUAUUUCUUAGAAAUAAAUGAAGAAGAAAAUAACCUUACAGAAAAAAGUAAGUCUAGUCUUUUGUUUUCAAGGAUAAUUAUUAUUCAAUAAGUUGAACGAAUAAGCCAGAAAUGCCCUUUUCAGUGCAAACUAUUUUCUUGAAAAUAAAAGAAAUAACGGUUAACCUGUAUAAUUCUUUGGAAGACGUAGCUAUCAUAAAAAUUAUAACAGAUGAAAAUAUAAAUCGGCAAUUAUUAAACCAUUUUUUCGAAAAUUAUAAGCUCUUAAGCAGCUACGGAGGCGUUAUUGAGUUGUUUAAUUCAAUUACAAAUACAAUAAAAAUGCUUUUCUUAGAAUAUAAUUGAAAAAAAAUUAAUUAAAUAAGAGAAGUAACUCCAAAUAAUAUGUCACCUACAGGUCUCUUUAUUAUACUUGAAUGAAAGGAUAUUUUGGUAUGUGUAUGCUUUGCUGUGUUUUGUUUAUCAUUAAUUUUCAUCAUACCAUUUAAUAUAUAUUAAGAAAUGAUAUUACAUAGAAUAGAAAUAGAUAAAAGUAUACAAAAAGCCCUAAAACUGAAUCUUUUGGUUUAUAUAUUUUUACAUGGGGACAUGUAAUUUUGGAAAAUUCGGGGUAGAGUUACAGGAAAAAAAGAAGCAUAAAGCAAACUUUGAACAUUUUAUCUAGGAACCAAACGAACGGAUAAGUUUGCCUAAAAUACAAAAUAGAAGAAAAAAUAAAAAAUGAACAUUCAAGGAUAAAUCUUAGGUAAGCAAGAUUUCAUGAUUCAUAGAGAAUCUAGCAAUAAAUCGAAGUGCACAGUUUCUAAGGUAGUACUAAAUUAGGAAUGGUGCUGCAACCUGUUGUUGUACUAACAUAAUAGACUUAACAAAGUGUUGGUGCGAUGAGGGUGGUUAGCAUCGUUCAUGAGUGGGAAAUAAAUGUCUUUUUCGUAAUUUGGUAAACAUCUUCUUUUAUAAUAAAGUGUUGAUAAUAAUAUUUAUUGGAAAGUAUUUUUAUAAAUGUUGGUUUGGAUUUUUGCAUGAAAUAGAUUUAAUUAAAUGUAUUAAAAUAUGUAUGAAAUAAAAGUUCAUUAACCUAAAAAAUUAUUAGACGAUGUUUCUAUUGUAUUGACAGUUUUGUUUCAGUAUGAUCACGUGAAGUUUAAGUAUUAACUUCCGUUAUGAUUACGUAAUGAAUUACUUAGGACUGUGCAUAAAAGAACCGCGCUCUUGUUCUGAAACAAAUGGAUUUAGUUCUUUCAUUCUUAUUUAUUGCAGGUAUGAAAUUUGCUUACAGGUUAUAAGAAAUUUGGUUUUAGGGGCAUAGAAUUCUAUUUUCAUAAUAUUAUUAUUUCAGAUUAUGAAUGAAUUUGCUUUUGAAUGUUUUUGAUUGAU